CGGCGCGUGCUCAGCUGGGGUCAAUGUCGUACUGAAGCUGGCAUCGGGAAUAUUCUAGAGGCAGAUGUGUCGGGCUCGGGCUUUGCCUGGUGGCUGUAGCUUUGAGGUUAUCCCCUUGCUCCUGCUGCUUCACUAGUCAUCACUCAUCAGCCACUGCCGAUCGUCCGCUAAGGAUGACGAGAUCAAGGACAUGUUUGGUGUAAUGCUAUGCUAUUGAUAGACUGCAAGUAAAUGUUUCAGGAACUGAAACUCGAGCUGAGUCAAUUGGACAAUUGACAGCGGUGUGUAUCUCACACUAGAGGCUUGUAUCGCCACUCUGACAUCUCACGUUCUGUUCUGUUCAUUUUGGUAACCAGUCCUGGUUGCUGGGAGGGUUGUCAUUAAUGUCAUGGUAGAGAAGGUGAAGUUUUGCUUGAUGAUUCUGUAUUUCUGUUAACUUUUCACUCAGAACAUCGUAAUCGGACAGUAUGGUUGAGUAGCUAUCCGAUCCACAAUGUGAUGAGGUUUACUUACCUUAGGGGAUACUUGCUAACCACAUGGGAGGGGUGGUGGUCUUGAAUAUACUUGAAGUGUGAUGAUUCCAUGGCACACAUCUUACGAGUCGGAGUGAAGGAGAAGCCUGUGAUGUCAAACAUUGGGAAAUCAACUAAUAUUCUAUGGCAUGAUUGCCCGAUUGGACAAUCAGAUAGACAGAUGUUGCUGGGACAAAAAGGCUGUGUUGUAUGGAUCACAGGACUCAGUGGUUCAGGGAAAAGUACUCUUGCUUGUGCAUUGAGUCGGGAGUUGCAUUACAGAGGCCACCUCACAUAUGUCCUUGAUGGUGACAACCUCAGGCAUGGUCUAAAUCGAGAUUUAAGCUUCAAGGCAGAAGACCGUGCAGAAAAUAUACGAAGAGUUGGAGAAGUGGCAAAGCUUUUUGCGGAUGCUGGUAUCAUAUGCAUUGCUAGCUUGAUAUCUCCGUACAGGAGAGACCGUGAUGCAUGCCGUGCUCUACUUCCGGAUUCUAAAUUUAUUGAAGUAUUUAUGGAUUUGCCCCUACAACUUUGUGAAUCUCGUGAUCCUAAAGGUCUGUACAAGCUUGCACGCACAGGAAAGAUUAAAGGUUUCACUGGAAUUGAUGAUCCGUACGAACCACCAGUGAAUGGUGAGAUAGUAAUCAAGAUGAAAGAUGGGGAAUGCCCUUCACCAAAAGCAAUGGCCAAGCAAGUUCUGUGCUACCUUGAAGAGAACGGAUAUUUGCAAGCUUAGCCACAUAUGUGUGAAGAUUUAUCUGAUUCUUUUGUGUCCAUUACUCGUGGACACAAGCAUGAUCCAUUGAUCGCAUGGUUCCGCUAGGCGCUAGGCGGAUUCUAGGCGCCGACCCUCAGCCUAGCGCCUAGUCGGGAUUAAUCGCGCCUAGGCGUUGCUAGGCGUUUUCCUAGGUGAUGAAUAAUACAUGUAUAAAUACUUAAAACAAAAGAAAAAAUAGAAGAUCAGUGCUCAUGAAAUGAGAAGAAUGGAGAAAAGGCCCAUUUGAGACAA